AUGACUCUUUCUCCAGUACAAGGCAUUUCAAUGAAAAUAACGAGGUGUACAACGAAGCCUCGAGUAUCGCCUGAGAAAGCUUUGGCGUUUACGAAAAUGAGUGUCGUGCUGGCUGCCGUCUGGCCAUCAGACAUCAAAACCAAAGGAUUGCGAAUGAAACUUGUGGACUUGGUUUGGUGCUGCUCUGUUUUAAGCUCAAUGUGCCUGCUGUUGCCGCUUCUCGCAUCCAUUUACGUGUACAAGGAUAAUCCCAUCGUUGUGUCGAAGUCCGUGUGUCUGUCUUGUGCCGUGACGCAGGUCAUCAUGAAAACUGUCGUUUGCCGGGUGAAUCGAAAAAAAAUUCAGUUGUUGUUGAAAGAGUUGGACGACUUUCUGAAGACGGCAAAGUUGCGCGAGCGACGAAUGUGUCAGAAGUAUGUCAGCAAAAGAGCGCCGUUUCACAUGGUCAUCACAUUGUGCUGUUACGGAGCUUCGUUGUUUGUGAUUUGCGGUCCCAUAUUUUUACCCUAUUCAUUACCAACGGACGCGGUUUAUCCGUUUUCCGUGCAAACAGGCCCCGCGUGGAGUCUCACUUACGUGCACCAAGCCAUCGCUGGGUUUCAAGCUUCCGCGGGUAUGUGCGUCGACGGCUUCGUGGCUUUUCUCCUUUGGUUCACGGGAAUCAGAUUCGAGCUGCUGUGCCGGAAAUUCGAAAAGAUUCAAAACAUGCAGGAGAUGUACCAGUGCAUCCGAGAACAUCAAAAAGUACUGAGAUACGGUAAGGAGCUCGUAGGAGCUUUUCGCUACGUACUUUUUGCCACAGUGUUUUCCGUAACGGCGGGACUAGCAUUUGCUGGAAUAUAUCUAUUCAGCCCUCAACCAAUGUUCGUGAAAGGACAAUUUGCUAUUGUUUCCAUCAGUGCUGGUAUCAACUUGUACGUGACAGCUCUACCUGCUGAUAACUUGAUAGUCAUGUGCAGGAAGUUAUCUGAUGUGGCUUACACGUCUUUGUGGAUACGUAAUUCAUCGGGCGCCAUCACUAAAAAUUGGAUAACCAUUAUCCACAGAGCACAAAAACCCGUGACAGUCAACAUUCCAGGUUUAAUUAAAGAAUUGUCUCUGAAAUACUACUUUAAUGUUUUAUCCAGUACCUUCUCAUAUUUUACUGCUCUGCAUGUUAUUAUGAUGAAAAAUGUUAAGUAA